AAAGCCAGACAAGGCGGGUUAUGUUUACGUACUCUGACAGUGUCAGUAUGAGCUAAACAGUUUAAAGUACGGCUUGAGAAUCCAACUUGAAGCAAAUAAAGCUGAAAAUAUAGCUGGUUUUCUACUUCUUCACAGGUUGCGGCUUUAUUUUCAUGGAUUCUUGAUAACGGCUGAGAGAAUCGUUUGAGAUAAUGGCCCUUGCUGAGGAGCAGCCAGAGAAACACUGCUGGGUUUGUUUUGCCACCGAGCGAGAUGACCGCAGCGCAGAGUGGGUCAGCCCCUGCAGAUGUAAAGGCAGCACUAAAUGGAUCCACCAGACGUGUCUGCAGCGCUGGCUUGAUGAGAAACAGAAAGGAAACACUGAAGGAACAGUGAGCUGUCCACAGUGUGGCACAGAGUACCACGUUACCUUCCCCAAGAUGGGUCCACUGGUCUAUUUCCUGCAGCAGGUAGAUAAAGCUUUUUCGCGUGCCAGCCCUUUUGCUGCCGUCGGUGUGGUGGUUGGGACAGCCUACUGGUCAGCUGUCACAUACGGAGCAGUGACUGUCAUGCAGGUUGUGGGACAUAAGAAGGGGCUCUACAUGAUGGAGCGAGCAGACCCUCUGUUUCUGUUGAUGGGUCUCCCCACCAUCCCUGUGGUGUUGGUCCUGGGAAAGAUGAUUCGCUGGGAGGACUAUGUAGUUAGGCUGUGGCAGAGAUACUCCUUCCAACGUAACACUUCCCCAGGAAGCCACCGUUACCUGCCCCGUGUGCCUGGCGGUGGGCUCAGUGCAGGAGAUCACCUCUCUGUGUCCCGGACACUCUGUGGAGCACUCGUCUUUCCUUCAAUUGCCAAUUUAGUGGGGAGACUACUGUUUCAGCGAGUUUCCUCUAGUCUACAGCGUACAAUACUGGGUGGCAUUGCCUUUGUGCUAAUUAAAGGAGUCCUGAAGGUGUAUUUUAAACAGCAGCAGUACCUCAUGCAAGCCAACAGACAAAUCCUCAACUACCCAGAGAGCAGAGGCGGACAGAAUGAGGGGGGAGAGGCUGACCCAUAAGACAGUGGAUAAGAAUAGUUUUGCUGAUUUGAACAAAAGCGAGUAAAUGGAAAUCACAUAAAAUAAUAAACAGUCCACAAGACUCAGGAGCAGACAGGACUUAGGUGAGUGUGGAGGUGGACAGGGGUUAGAAGUGUUUAUUACUUGAACCCUGGACCCGUCCAAACUGAACCUGAAACUCAUAUUUCAUAAUCACCUGUUAAGCCUUACCCUAGUGCAUCUUUAUCAUCUUUCUUUAAUGUGCCUUACUGAAAGCACUUUACUAGUGUCAACACGAAGGCUUUAUUUGUACUGGAUUCACGUCACAGCAGGUGCUAAUGUCAUUCAGUUCGUGUCAGGUCACCCAGAUAGCAGGUGGUCUUUCCUUUGUUGUACCUCCAAUUGAAACAUGUCAAAUCUACCCAAUGUUGGUCUCUUAACUUGAAGGUUCCACUGGUUCCAUCUCUAAAUGUCUGCUCGAUUAACUCUCUGUUUGUCUAAAGUCACUUUGAUUGCUGACGCAAAUGUGAAUGAUCUUUUUUUUUAAUCUGUGUACAUGAUCAGUUGAUGACACUGGACACUGCUUGUGUGGUGCUACAGCUAUGAAGCCACUAUAGAAUGAACUCAUGCCAGUCUGAGCACUUUGUAGUUCUGUUGCAUGUGAUGAACUGAAUAGAGUUAUUGGGUGAAUGUUUUUAGUUGUUGCACUUCCUCUUACAGCUAAAGCAGAGUUCCUCACAUGUGCCCAUUUCAUAUGCAGACAGCGUCUUGACUAUUUAAACAAAAAGUAAAUUCUUAGUAUUGUUACUUAUUGUUAUAAUAAUAUAUAAAUAAUAAAAAAGAAAUUGAAAAUGUUCUCUGCCCUGAA